AUGUCGUUCCUCGGAUUCGGCCGCCCGCAGCCCUCGUCGGCCGAGAAGAUCGCCGCCGUCGAGGCCGAGAUGAAGCUCAUGGCCGACAUGAUGAACCGUCUCAACAAGGCCUGCGCAAAGAAGUGCAUCCCCAACAACUACCUCGAGGGCGACAUCAACAAGGGCGAGGCCGUCUGCCUCGACAGGUGCGCCGCCAAGUUCUUCGACGUCCACCUCAAGGUCUCGGACAUAUUACAGCAGCAGCAGCAGCAGCAGAUGGGCGGUGGCGGUUUCGGUCGGUAA